AUGGCAACCGCCAAUUUCUCCAUUAGUGAGGCUCUAGAAACCCUUCGCACCUCAAUUCCAACAUGGAAUCAACGUCUCGACGAAUUGAAUGGUCAAAUAGCUUUGCGACAAAUAGAACUCGCACGUCUGGAUGCCCGAGAAGAAAAUGGCCAACGUCCACCCUCAACACGUUCCCUCAAAAAUAAAGGAUCAUCAGAAUCCCUCCGGCCCAAAGAAGCCGAUGACAACAAUCCCUUUGCUAUACAGGAUACAGAUAUUCUACCCAGCCCCCCUUCCGCAUCACCCAAAUGCUCCUCUCCAAAACAGCAACAACCCUCCUUCUCCCCAAUACGCCGCUCCAGCUCCUCCAUAAAACGCGGCAUGGCUUCCAGACCGCCCAAAUCGAACGGGAACUUCCGCGAAUCACCUACCUCUACCCAACGUCAAGCCCCCAUAUAUAAUUCUAAUAAUGAAGCCCCCCCUCAAGCACAUCCUAAAAAUGUUCUACGAAAAAGAAGAACCGGUUCCAUGGCUUCCGGCGAAUCUGGUGUAACAUCCAAACACCGAACCCGCUCCAUGAUAAUCGUCUAUUACGAUAGCGCCGUGCAAACCGCUUUCGAAGAACUUGUUAGAUUUGUGAGUGGAAGUCGCAAUUCGAUGCGGAAGGGGAAGAUGGCAGCCAAGAUGGCAGAGAUGAAGCGAGCUGCGGAGCUGGAAGUCGAGCAAGACGAGGAAAAUGAAAGUAAUUUUAUGAAAAACAAUGGGAAUGGCAAUGCUAUGAAGGCAGACAGUAAAGCAACGUCUUCCAACUUAGCUGCCGAUCCCUUGGCGGUAGGUGAGGAGGACGACGAGGACGAAGGUAUGGGAAUACCACAACUCAAGUUCGUAUCAACAAGACAAAUGGGACCACCAAGAGCAAUCAAAGGACCCGAUCCCUCAAGUCAAAUCCUCGGCGCAGGAAUGCGACGCUCCUACCGGAGAGGAGGGGACAGUGACUCCCCCGAUAUCUUUGACGAGCUGGAUAAAGGACUAGAAUGGUGCCAAAGUCAAUGCGAAGCCGGGGCCCAUAACUUUCUACGAGAGGGAGAAUGCGCGACCGAAAUCACGAAUAUCAAGACGAAACUUGCAGAGGUCAAAGUGACGGCGGAGAAGGAAAUCGAGAGGUUGAAGAAGGAACCUCCCAUUUCUCCCGGGCGACAGAAUCUCUCUGUUAAACCACCAAGGGGAUUGAAACAGCCGCAAGUCAGGAAAGACUUCACCACGACCAAGGAGCUGGAGGUGGAUGAUGAGAUGGAUGAUGAGGGGAUGGGGGAGAUGAGUCCACCGAAAGUGGUGUUUAAGAGAUCUGGAGAGUGA